AAUAGCGUGCAGACUAUUUAGGUAAUCAAAUCAGGCUACAUUGGUCCAGGAAUUCCCCAACAAUGGCUCGUGUUUGGGAUAAUGAUAUUGAACAACGCGCCUCGCCUCGCCCCUCUCAUGUAGCAACCUUCGACUAAAUAUGUCGGCAUUAAUAGAAGAGAUUUCGGCUGCGAGAAAUAAUAGUGUAAGUUAAUUUGAAUAGAGAACAACAUAUAUGGCAGAUUGGCAGUAGAAGACUUGGAUAGAGAACAAAAUAGUUGGCAGAACUACAUUAGAAGACUUGGAUAGAGAACAACAGAAAUGGCAGAGCUUCAAGUAGGAUAAAACAAUAACGGAUUUUCUAUAGGAAAACCUAAACAAAUAGAGGGAUAAGUACCGCAGAAUGUAUAAACAUAGAAGAGUUUCGUUGCUAGACCCACCCAUCAACAGAUCGUGGUCGUUGUACACCUCGUAUGCGGGUGUGGCGGGUAUCCACAGCGAGGUGCAAGCAGGGGCGGCAACUCGCAAUGCGCUGUUGAAUCGGAAAUCAUCAGACACGAUUACAACUGUUCAAACGCUCCACCGCAAGGAUCUCCAGUCGAUCAGGUUCAACAGGAGAUCCUUGGAGCACUCCAUGGUGGCGUACACUGAGAAAAUGAAGGACAUAGCAGAGAAAAAAAUGAAUGACGACAAUGGUUCUAACGAAUCGUUGAACUUGCCCAUGGAGAACAUCCAAUUACGUAGAAAAAUAUCUCGCGAUACCACUGGACAAGAAGGAGUUCGGAAAAAUUCAUUUUUACCUCCGCUAAACUCUGACAGCCCAAAGAGUCAUUUCAAAUCGGAAAGCAUUCAAAGUCCUCAACAAUCACAGGACAUGACUAGCAUGGAAACACAUGAGAUGAUGGGAGGAAACGGCGCCAUUUUUCUAAUCAGAAAGAAACAAUCAGCAGACGACAUCCAGGAGGAGAAAUCGUCCAAUCAACAAAACCGCAGACGUCGCGUCGGCGUGUAUAUGAGACCGGAUAUUGAAACGUCUGACUUCCAUGCGCAAGUCAACCAAUCAGAAAACGCUCCUGAUCGGCAUGAGUCUACUAACGCAGACAUUGCCGAGACAGGAGAAUGCAUUUUAAUAUCGCCAUACCCAGAGUACCACCGUGACCUGAGGAAGAAGCGAAACAUCGAGGUGGAGCCGCCCGUAACCAAGCCGGGCUAUUGGAGCUACAGGACGCUCUACUCCCCCAGACGGGACCCGUCUGUCGCGCCUAAACGCAAGCCCUCCAGGCUGCCACGGAUGACCGGCCCACGAAGGCCAAGGCCGCCUCCCGUUCCGUGCAAACCUGUGCAUCAGGUGUUCCAGUACUCGUCUGCCGUGGAGCGCGCGCUGCUGGGUCUGGUGGACGAGCCCUGUGUCAUAGACCUCAAAAACCGCGUCUAUCGCAGCAAGGCCAAUCUGGUAUCCAUAGACAUUGAUGAAAUCAGACAUGCGCACUCGUUACGUCCUAUACGCGAGUCGUCAGGAAACGCUGGGUCAGACGAGUAUCAAGACACGACAGAUUCCUCUCAACCAAACGGACAUUUUUUCUGACAUCACGGAAAUAAAUUCAGGUCUGAAUCGCAACAGAAAGAUAAUUCAUCACAUGGGAUCAUUUCAAAACUCAGACUCUAGUUCAACAUAUUUUUUUUUAUAAAAAAUAUAUUU